GAUUCAUCACUGAAGUAAAGAGGAAGAAAAAUAAAAAUCCGCGCGCGCAGUCAGUGGUUCCUAGGGGAAAAACAACAACAUACUUAUACAAUGGCGAGACAAAUCGACAGCGGUGGCAUUAAAGAUGACACUUACGUGGUUUCCGAGGGUUUAUCUGUAGCUGACAGCAGCAAAGUGGACGAUGAUGGAGAAGGAGAAAGCGACGCGCCUGCUGUGUUUCUGUGCGGAAAAUGCAGGCUUCCGUUCGGAGACUCGCUGUCAUGGGCCGGCAGCGACGACCUGCACAACCAGAUCCUGUUAAAACGUGUUAAUGAUAACGUUGUGAUUGGCAAAGAACCUUUUGUCUCUGGCACAAGUGAAGAAUUGAGAUGCCUUGCUUUGAAACUCACCUGCCGUGGUUGCAGCUUCAACCUAGGACAUAUGUACGUGUCCACUCCAAAGUCACUGGACUACAAAAGGUCCAUUUUCUGCCUCAUGGUUGAAAAUAUUGAGAGUUAUGUUUUAGGCUCUCCAGACCAGCAGGUGGCAGCAGUGGAUAGAGAAGAAAGGCCUGUGACAUUCGAGUACAUGGACAAUGUUGAGCGACAGUUGACCAAGAUAAAAUCUUUAGCAGUGACAAUAGGACAGCGUCUCUUGGAGAUUGAGGUUGACCUCCAGUGCAAGUCUAGAACGACUUAACAAGAGCUGCACUUAUCCCGGAGUCUUUCUUCAGGUGUUUGUCUUCUGUUUAAACCACAAUGUUGUUAUAAGCACUUGGAAAUCUGUUUGCGGAAAAUCUGGGAAAUCACGUAACACACAACAAAUUGUUAUUAACCUGUUCUUUGUUGUUGUUUAUCUAUUUCUGUGUAUUGUUUUCUGUUAUUUACAUGCUCAUAUUUUGUAAUCCUGUGUAUUAAGUAAAAAAAAUGUUUCUGAA